AUGGCCGCCGGCGAUAGUAGGCUCACGCAGCCGCGGGGAAGUUCCUCCAAUCCGCAAGCAGCCAGAAACGCGUCGCACACGGCGCAAAACGCGGUGCCAAAUCCGACCGCCGCGGCGGAGCUUCCGCUGCCCUCAUUCCACGUGGACGUGGCGAUUGCUGGCGGCGGACUCGCGGGGCUCGCGCUCGCCGCCGGCCUGCAGGCGCGCGGCAUCGAGGCGGCCGUUUUCGAGGCAGCGCCCGCCGCGCGACGAUCGAACAACAGAGCUGAUAUUGCGGAGGAGGGGGGUGCGGUGCAGCAGCAGCGCGAGCUGGUGGUGGUUCGUGCAAAGAUUCUGGUCGCAGCGGACGGCGUGCGAUCAGCCGUGCGAAAUCAGAUGAUCGGCGACUCGCCUCGGUAUUUGGAGCAGUUUGGAUGGAACGCGCGUGUGCCUAGCCAGCCAAGCGGGGACGUGAGCCAACAGCAGAAUCGAACGGUGCUUUCGUUUAAGGAUGCGGUUACGGGUUACCAGCUCUUCCACACUGCUGGCUUCCAUAGCGAAACAGUAAGCGCUGCUGACCCUGAUGGCCAGCUGAAGGCCGAGCUCGAACAAACACCUUUUGGUGGCUUUGGCAAGCCAGGCGUCAAGGACCGGUUGAUGUGCCACGUCAGCAAGCACAUUGCAGACCCCUCAGCGCAUGACACCUGGCAUACCGUGCUCCAGGCGGUUACCACAACGGACCCCGGUAACAUCUACGAGCGGUGGAUGAUGGACCGGCCUCCUCCGAAGGAUUCUUGGAGCGACUCCAAGUGUGGUAACAGGGUUGUUCUUAUGGGGGAUGCCGCACAUGCCAUGCAUCCCGAACUAGGGCAAGGUGCUCAAACUGCCUUUGAGGAUGCUCACCAGCUGUCCCUAUGCCUUGCUGAAAUCAAGGAUGUGCUUGCCGAGCCUGCUGCCGUGGCUGCUGCGGUUCGGGAGUACGAGGAUUGGAGGAUUGAUAGGUGCGUGAGAAUCCAUGCGUACGCCACUGCAGCUCAUGGGUUUGGAGAGGAGGCGAGACUUGUGAGGGAACUUUCUCCUCCUGAGAAGAGCAAGUUGUUCAUGGAGUUUCAGAAGUGGAUCCUUGCAUAUCCAGACAAGAUCAAAGGUGAUCCUGAAUCCACCUACUUCAAGUGA